UUGGCUUGGUGCUUCAAGACAUUCCAGCUUCAGCUCCGAAAUGGAGUUUUUCCUCCGUUCUCCAAUGAAACUUCUUGUUUUAGCUGCCUUGCUUUCAAGUGUGCUGGAUCCAUGCAGUUUUUCUGACAUUUGUAAGUCCUGUCGUCAGCAUGCGGUCUGUAAACUGAAGGAUGACUCCAAACACGCCUGCUUCUGCGAACUAGGCUUCACCGGCGACGGAAUCAAUGACUGCCGGGAUGAUAAUGAAUGUGAGAAUGUGACAGAAAUAUGUGGUCCGAAUGCCAACUGCACCAACACUGUUGGAGGUUAUUACUGUACUUGUGUUUCUGGAUUCAUUUCAAAUGGACAACAGCACUUUCAAACCAAUGAUGGCACACAUUGCCAAGAUAUUGAUGAGUGUGCAGAUGCCGGUAGAUGUGGACCCUUCUCUAAAUGCCACAACACAAACAGUUCAUUCAUCUGCUCGUGCAAGAGAGGAUAUACAUCUCCAGCAGGUUCAUGGUUUAUGCCUAACAGAGGAAGAGAAUGUAGAGAAAACCCAAAGAGCCACUGUCAUGAGGACCAGAGGUGUAUCACAGAGACUGUUAACAGCACACUGGAAAAAAUGAUAAAUUUGUCAACUCAAGCGCGGUUUAAAGAGAUAAGACUUCAAACAUCAGCUGACCUCUAUCCGGUUCUUCUCAUAUCAUACAUCGAGGCCAUGGCCAGCACUGUCCUGAAUGCUGGAGAUGGACGAGAACAUCCCGAUGAAAACAUUAAUCAAACUAUCACGGAUUUGUUUUUUACUGUGAAUAAUUUCGUGGAGAGAGAUGAGGAGGUGGAGUGGGAGAAGAUCAAUCCAGAAUCAAGGAAGUAUUAUCUCACCACACUCCUUCACACAGCAGAGAAGCAAACGCUCGCUCUGUCUGCGGGAUACACACGCUCUGAGCAAUUGCAGGUGGACGCUGGUGACGUAGAAAUGAAACUAUACACCUUUGAACCGCACCAGGCUCCCAAGCGUCCAGUUUCAGCCAUUGUACAAGGAAACUCCAUUUCACUUUCACCCAAGUACGCAAAAGACAAAAGCAGCAAUGAAAGCACCUCCAUUGUGUUUAUUGCGUAUAAUGGUAUUGGGGGUCUUCUGAAGCCCACCGAUGACCCCGGCGUGGUCGAUUACUCUCGAUACGCCGCAGCCGGUGAAAUCUCGGUGAAUUCACCCGUGAUCGCAGCAUCCAUCAGUAACACACAGGCAUUCUCGCUGAACAAUGUGACCUUCACGCUCAAACACACAGAGGAGAUAGAUGCUGCCCACGAUGAGACUAAAUGUGCCUUCUGGGAGUAUUCGCAGAGCAUGAUGGGACACUGGAGUUUGGAGGGGUGUAAACGUAUCCAUGUUAAUGCCACUCAUACUUCCUGUUCCUGUAACCACCUGACACACUUCGCUAUUCUCAUGUCCUCCGCUCGAGCCAAUCUUAUCGCACAUUAUAAUGUUCUGACACGGAUAACUCAGUUGGGAAUGGUCAUCUCCAUCAUCUGUCUUUCCAUGUGCAUCUUCACUUUCUGGUUCUUCCGUGACAUCCAGAACACCAGAACAACCAUCCACAAGAACCUGUGUUGCAGCCUCUUCAUGGCCCAGUUCAUCUUUCUCAUCGGGAUCAACAAGAUCGCACACAGGUGGUUCUGUUCUCUCAUCGCGGGACUUUUGCACUAUUUCUUCCUGUCUGCGUUUACGUGGAUGUGCAUCGAGGGGAUUCAUUUAUAUCUCAUCGUUGUUGGUGUGAUCUACAACAAAGGCUUCCUCCAUCGGAACUUUUACUUAUUUGGCUACGGGAGCCCUGCCGUAGUCGUCGCAAUAUCUGCAACCCUUGGCUCCAAAUAUUAUGGCACCAGUACUGUGUGUUGGCUGAGCACUGAAAAUAACUUCAUCUGGAGUUUCAUCGGUCCAGCUUGUCUGAUCAUUCUGGUCAAUCUGAUGGCUUUUGCUGUGAUUAUGUUCAAGGUCUAUCGUCACACUUCAGUUAAGAAACCUGAAAUCAGUCAUUAUGAAAAUAUCAGGUCAUGUGCGAGGGGAGCUAUAGCUCUUCUCUUUGUUUUGGGAGUUACGUGGACAGCUGGUGUUGUGCACAUUCUAUAUGAGACCACCCUCACAGCGUACCUCUUCACAUUUGCCAAUGCGUUCCAAGGGAUGUUCAUUUUCAUAUUCCUAUGUGUGCUGUCCAGAAGGAUUCAAGAGGAGUACUACAGAUUAUUCAAGAAUAUUCCAUGUUGCUAUCAAUGCCUUAGAUGAACUUUAUCAAAUGAACACGUAACUGCAGCACUAUCCUGCAACGGACAUGCAUGUAAGAGAGACCUAGAUCCCUGUAGGUUCACAGGAACCUCACAGUGAUUUACAUCUAAAGAGGGAAAGUUACAACAUAUUUAUUUUUUUAAUUAAAUGUAUUAACGAAAAUGUUACUACAUGCCGUCAUCUUAUCGUUUCUAAAACACAAAAUCAGAAGUAGACUGAUUCCUUUUCAUGUUUUGCAGCUAAAUAUUUGUCUUUUUGAAAAGUGACUUUGAUAUGUAGUGUUCUGGACUAAUAAAACAUUUUCUGUUCUUA